AUAACGAGACACGAUGUUUUAAAUUUUAAUAUAAUACAUUACAUUUAAUGCUAAUCAACAACGUCUAAUUGUUCAAUGCUUUUCGUAGCCAAAUCUUAACUCUGUUUAUUUGUAUUACUUGUUGGUGAUUUCCAUUAACCAUAUAUCAUUAUUCAUGUUUCUUGGAUACCUUAACUGGUUCUUAUGUACUCAACCAUUCAGAUUCUUGCACACACUGCGAUGGUAACUGUAGAGUUCAAUAGUUGUAUCAGCUGCAUUUUAAGGCUAUUGUGGCGAUACCGUCAAAACAGUAUAAUUUUUCUGCCACCGCUAUAAAAAAGAUAAACAAAAAAGGAAUAUUUAAAUACAAAAAUACAAUGGAUCUUAUUAUCACAGAAGAAAUGUGUUUCAUACAUUCUACAUUCACAGUUCUUGAUAAAAUCAUUGUAAUGAGACAUAAUAAUUCUCCAAUUUGCUUGUUAGUACAAUAAAAAUGUUAUAACAGUCUUUUUUUAAACAGGAAUACAACAUGCUGACUCACAACUAAUCAACAAAUUACAAACCAUCGUCUUCAAAACUGUAAUACCUAGAUUAUCUAGUUACUGCGUUGUUGUACGAAAAAUAAAUACGAUUUGCAAAAUCCAAUAAAAUACGCGGGACGACGUUUGUGGCGGAACGAAUAACUAAUAUGAGCGAUCUUCCUGGUAGUUCGAAAAGGCGUGUUGGCGAUAAAUCGUUCACAUGCAACAUUUGCAACAUGACGUUCACUCUAAGCAGCCAUCUUAGCAAGCACCGGCGAACACACACAGGCGUAGAGCCGUACCCAUGUGAUAUUUGUGAUAAAUCGUUUGCCGAUAACAGCCAUUUGAUGAAGCAUCGACGGACACAUGCGGUGGAGAAACCACACACGUGUGAAUUUUGCGACAUGUCUUUCGCUCAAAUCAGGCAUUUGAAUAAACACCGGCGAUCGCACAUGGGUGAUAAACCAUUCCCGUGCGACAUGUGUGACAAAGCGUUCGCUGAUAACAGCCACUUAACUAGACACCGACGGACUCAUACUGGUGAGAAACCUUACCCGUGUGGCGUGUGCGAUAAGUCAUUUGCUGAUAGUGAUGGUCUGACGAAGCACUGGCGGUGGCACACGGGUGAAAGACCUUACCCUUGCAAUGUGUGUGAAAAGUCGUACGCUGAUAGCAGUAGUCUAACGAAGCACCGGCGGUCGCACACCGGUGAGAAGCCAUACUCGUGUGAUGUUUGUGACAAGUCAUAUUCUCAAAGUAGCCAUCUGACAAAGCACCGACGGACUCACAUAACUGAUAAACCGUUCCCGUGCGAUAUGUGCUUUAAGUCGUUCACCGAUAACGAUUUUCUUAUAAAACACCGGCGGACGCAUACGGGCGAAAAACCAUACCCCUGUGACGAGUGUGACAUGUCGUUCGCUCAAAGUAGCAAUCUGACAAAGCAUCGGCGGACGCACACCGGCGAAAGACCAUAUCCAUGUGACAUAUGCGAUCAGUCGUUUGCUGUUAGCGCAAGUCUUACUAAGCAUCGGCGGACGCAUACCGGCGAAAAACCAUAUCCGUGUGAGGUGUGCGAUAAAUCGUUCGCUGAUAGUGGAAGUCUGACAAAGCACCGCCGGAUACACACAGGUGAAAAACCUUAUUUAUGUGACAUAUGCGAUAAGUCGUUCGCUAUUAACGGUAAUCUGACGAAGCAUCGCCGGAUACACACGGGUGAGAAACCUUACUUAUGUGAUGUGUGUGAUAAGUCAUUUGCUGAUAGCAGUGGUCUGACGAAGCAUAAGCGUACGCAUACGGGCGAGAAACCUUACACGUGUGACGUGUGCGAAAAGUCGUUCAGUGAUAGCGGUACUCUGAAAAAGCACCGGCGAAUAAAGCAUACGCAACCAGAGCAAUCAAUUUUGGCAAACAUGUUAAAAGAUGUUACGACUAUAACCAAUGCAUGAUUGUGGAAAAAAUUAUAUUUUUAAUGUUAACAAUACUAUUACCGCGAUUUCGCCAAAAGUUAUAUUUAUUAGUUAGUAAAUUCACAUUGAUAUAAAAGGUGAAUACAAAAAGGGUAAUAGGACGAUCGCCCCUUCUAUUUAUGUUGAUUCUUGAUAAAUUAAAAUAUGUAUUGAUUUAAAAUUCUAGUUUUCAAAAUUAAGUACAUAUACAUUGUAUUAGAACUUAUGUAUUUAGUUAUGGUAGCAUAAAUACUAUUAUCAGGGCCGGAUCUAGAGGAGAUUAUUAAUAACAGUGGCAUAUUAGAUGGGAGCUGAAUUAUAAGAGAACGCUAAUUUUAUACUUUGCUCCAGGUAAAAAAUAUGCUUGAUUUGGUCCUGAUUAUUACACUAAAUAUUAAAAGGACGUAGUACCCGCUGUAUUGUCUCCGUCUUACACACGUGAGACAUAGCAACUUUUGUUCACCAGUUUCAAUAUUGUGCUGUUAGUUUUGAUAUUAGAAUGACUGACCUACUAUAAAAUUUUAAGAUAAGAUUAUUAUCCAUGGCCCCACAUUGCCUUUUAUUGAUAUUGUUAUUUUUAAGUAAGUUAUGAUCAUUUAAAAAUGUACAGUUUCAAAAACAUCAUAACUUACUUAAAAAUAAUU